AUGGCUAUGUCAGGUGGAAGGUUCCUUCAACAUCUACUUCUAGCUGUUUUGAUUUUGUUCCUUUUCCAGCAAAGAGUUGCGGAUUCUGACGUUAUGAGUUGCAGAGAUGACGAAAGAGAAGCACUACUCGUAUUUAAACAAGGCUUGGUGGGUGACGAUGGCUUUCUUUCUUCUUGGGGAAGUGAAGAUGAUAAAAAAAAUUGUUGUGAAUGGAGAGGAAUCCAAUGUCGUCAAACGGGCCAUGUGCAAAGACUCGAACUUAGGGGCACCAGAGAUCUCAAUGCGCCAUUGGAAGGUAAACUUAACGCGUCUUUACUUAAACUGCACCAUUUAAGCCAUUUGGACCUCAGUUACAAUUAUUUUAGUGGGAGCCCAAUCCCUGAGUCCAUUGCUUCCCUCACCAAAUUGACGCAUCUUGGUCUCUCUAACGCUGGUUUUAAAGGACAAAUUCCCUACCGGCUGGGAAACCUUUCAAGGCUACAACUUCUUGAUCUCAGCGGUAAUGAUGGUUUAUAUAACGCUGGAAACAUUGAGUGGCUUUCCCAUCUUUCUUCUUUAAGAUAUCUUGACUUAAGUGGCAGCGAUCUUCGUGAAUCAAAUGAUUGGUUUCAAGUCAUUAACAAGCUCCCAUUCCUCACAGAAUUAUCUGUAGUUUGGUGUAAUCUUCCACAAAUUAUGCCUUGGGCUCCCCUAAAAGUCAAUGCUACUGCAUCUUUUGUGAGCCUUGAUCUAACUGGCAACCAUGUAACCAAUUCUAUAUACCCUUGGUUGUUCAAUGUCAGUAGCAAUCUUAACCAACUUUCCCUCGAUUUUAACCUUUUACAUGGUUCAAUUCCUGAAGCUUUCGGAAAUUACAUGACUUCUCUUACCAGUCUCUCCCUUAAGUCCAAUGACGUAGAAGGUGGCUUUCCAAAGUGCAUCGGAAAUAUGAGUUGUCUGGAUACGUUAGAGUUAUCUUCCAACAAUCUGACAGGACAACUCUCUGGGUUCUUUAAAAAUCUAUCUGGUGGAUGUACAGAGAAGAAGUUGGAGUUUUUGUAUUUAUGGGGAUCAAGUUCUUUCAUAUGUUCUGCUUUUGCCGAAUAUUUGACCUAUCUUGACCUCUCUAAUAACCUACUCUCGGGAAUGCUUCCGGAUUGUUGGAUAAAAUUUGAAGAGUUGGUUGUUCUUAAUGUGGCAAGUAAUGGCUUCUCCGGAAAAAUUCCACCCUCAAUGGGCUCCCUAGGUAGUAUUGUAACAUUGAGAUUGAGCAAUAAUAACUUCUUUGGAGAGUUACCAAUUUUGAGCAAUUGCACCCGGUUGAGAAUUUUAGAUCUUCAGGAUAAUGCAUUAUCUGGAAAGAUACCUGAGUGGAUUGGGGAGAGGCUACCAAGUUUGCUAGUUCUUAGUCUGGAAUCUAACAAAUUAAAUGGGAGUAUACCUUUCCAAUUAUGCCGUCUAGCAAAUAUUCAAAUCUUAGACCUUUCCUUGAACAGUAUUUCUGGAAAUAUACCCCCGUGUUUCAACAAUUUCACAGCUUUGUCUGAAGAAAGGAGUUCACAUGCUGCCAUAACCUAUGAAUUCGAUUUCAAUCUCUAUGGAGAAAUACAUUAUGUUGACAGUGCAUGGUUGACAUGGAAAGGAAGUAAAUAUGAGUACAAAAACACUUUGGGGUUAGUCAAGAGCCUCGACCUUUCCGAUAAUAAAUUGGAUGGAACAGUUCCUGAAGAGAUUAUGAGUCUAGUAGGAUUGAUUGCCUUGAAUCUUUCCAAAAACAAUUUCAGUGGAACAAUUCCUCCCAAGAUUGGUCAGUUAAAAUCAUUGGAUUUCCUAGAUCUAUCAAGAAAUCGAUUUUCUGGUGAAAUUCCAUCAAGCCUUUCUCUAAUAAACCGCCUAAGUGUUAUGGACUUGUCAGACAACAACUUUUCAGGCAAAAUUCCAACAGGCACUCAACUUCAGAGUUUCAAUGCCUCAGUGUAUGCAGGGAAUCCGGAACUGUGUGGCCUCCCACUCCCAAAAAAAUGUCUCGGAGAAGAACCGACCCAAGGUCCAGCUACUAUUGACAUUCCAGAAGAUGAGAUCAUAACCCUUGGGUUUUACAUAAGUUUGGCCCUCGGUUUCAUUGCAGGGUUUUGGGGUGUUUGUGGCAGUCUAGUGCUUAGUCAGUCAUGGAGACAUGCCUACUUCAAUUUCUUGGCCGAUAUCAAAGAUAAGAUCUAUGUGAUAGCAACGAUAAAUUUUGCCAAACUGAAGCAGAGUGAAGCAUUCACGGAGGAUGACUGGAAGUUGGUACAAUUAGUUGAGACUUUAUUCCGCAAUGUUCUUGCUGUCCAAGAUAUUCCGCUGCAGCAGAAGGCUGGGGGUUCUGCUAGUCAAUUCAUAUCCUUGAGAGAUGGAUUUCUGGAACUUUUGUUGAAUGAGAAUGUGAUGGACAUAAUUCUUGUGAUAACUCUGCAUGUUGGUGGUUCUUCUGGCUCUUUUGACGGGAUAUCUUGCUUUUACUGGAAAUUUUUCAUUACAUAUUUAUGA